GCGCAUAUCAUACCCAGUACCUGAUGGUUAAGGUAGCUGCAGCAAGCAUUGAUCAAUUUGCAUUUACCUUGACAUUUAAUUACACUUCGCGUUGGAUCAACUGCAUUCGAUCAUCAUCCCACAGCACAGGGCAAAACGAAGACACAUUCUUCUCGUUUGCGAUCGCGACGACGGCGGUGGUCUCAAUCUUAUUAAGCUCCCGCUUUCCCGAACUUUAAAAAAAAGUCGAAGUCGAAAGUUUUCCACCAUCAACACACCCACACACACCACCCACACCCACACCCACAACCCACAUCCGACCUAAUUGUCACAGCCAUCAACAAUCAGCCUCCAGCUUUUAUCAGCAUCAAUCACAUCAAUUACAUCAAAAUGACUGAGGUUUCCUCGACCAGACUGUAUCUGGGAAAUCUCCCUCGCAGUGCAACCAAAGCUGAUGUUGAAGCUCAUUUCAACACGCAUGGCACUGGCGAAAUCACCGAGAUUAAACUUAUGAAUGGAUUCGGAUUCAUCGAAUACAAGGAUGCAAUGGAUGCGCGCGACGUCGUUCCUGCCUUCCACGGUUCCGACUUUAUGGGCGAACGCUUGACUGUACAAUUCGCUCGUGGUACUCGUAACAGAGAUACUUUUGCCAAUAACCCUGAGCGAACUGCUCCUCGUCCCAGACGUACCCCUCAUCGAAUGCAAAUCUCUGGACUUCCAGGUGAGACCAGCUGGCAGGUCUGUUUACCCCGUUCCUUCAUCCGGACUCAUGGAUCUCAAUCAUUGCUAUUUGGACUAUAUACCACAUCAUAAUCGUUUUGGACGCCUUUCCUCCAUGCAUACCGUCACUGGCCAAGUUACCAUUGUAAUCCUGGUCAGCGACGCGCUUGUUACUCUUCAUACCAUAACAAAUAUGCAAGUGCAUUUGCGCGGGCGACUAGGAUUUCAUGGACACAUACAAACGUUAAUCGCUAUUCGCCCUUUUUAUCAUGUCUCGACUCCCUUUUUGCUAUCAUUGCUUGCUAUUGCCCUUGCACAACCGGAUCAUGGUCAUUGUGGCGCUGGAAAGAUGGUCUACCUCUGGAAGGUGAAUCUGCGCUACCUUUAAUAAGGGGAGAUUCCUGGCUACUAAUUCAAGGGCAACAUCCAUCCUUUGGCGUUUAUAAAAAGCUCAACAGUCCAGGACAACAACUUACGUGGAUUUCUGGAUAUAGGAUCUUAAAGACUUCGCUCGUCAAUCCAGCCUCGAUGUCGUUUAUUCGGAAACUGGUCGUGACCGUGAUGGUAAAGGAAGCUUUGUCGAAUUCGAAACUGCUGCAGAUUUAAAGACUGCCGUUGAAAAGCUCGACGGUCGUGAAUUCAAAGGUGCUCGAGUCACUUGCACUGCUGAUACCCAACCCGAUAUCCCUCGUGAUCGUGCUAGAUCUCGAUCCCCAAUGCCUCGAGGACGACCUUACCCUAUUGAUGAUUAUGAUCGACGUGGUCCACCCCGAGGUUAUAGUCCUCGACGUGAUGCCUAUCGUGAUCGAAGCCCACCUCGUCGUGCUUAUUAUGAUGAUGAUCGUGGUCGUUAUGGCCGUUCUCCACCACCUAGACCUCGUGGUCCAAUCGAUGAUUAUCCACCACCACGCCGUGGAGGUUUUGAUGAUCCUUAUCGUCGCGAUUACCCUCCAGCUGACCCAUAUGUCAAUGGACACGGUAGACCACCUUAUGAUCGUCCUCCUCCAAGAGACUACCCACCAAGAGAUGCCGGAUAUGCUGAUGACGGAUACCGUCGUGGCCGCUACUGGUAAAUCAUCCUUUCCAAAUUGGUUGCAAAAGUAACCAUUUGGAUUCUGCUCACAUAACACAGAUUUCUAAUGACAACCGGGUGGGAUAUGAAAUGUUCUUCUAUUGAUGAUUCACAGUGAACAGGCCAAGGGGCGUUUUGAGGUAACGUCUUUAGGUCUUCUCACGUAAGGUUAUGAUGUGAAUACACGGAUUUCGCUAGUUGGCUCUAUUCAAUCUUGUUAUUUUUCUUUGCUCAUUUAAAAGCAUACCCGGGGAUCGUUCUUUUAUCAUUUGUAACAUGAGGAAAUGCUUUUUUUUUCAAGGGGUGGACAUAACAUUAAGUUAUGAUUUUCACCCUUAUGACCUGUAUUUUAGAAAUCA